ACUAAUCUGAGCUCCACGGUAUGAUUGAUAGAUAGCUGAUUAGCCUGCAUUGACGGUAAACAUGUUCAGGACCAGCUUAGCCCCACUGAUUGCUCCCUCCUCUCUAUUGUUGCAUUUCUCCAAGUUGACACCGUCAAGCAAGGGCCGGCUUGUGGAUAGUCUGAGCACCAAUUUGUCUGUGCUAAACCCCUCAAUUGCAUCUUUGGGUAACUGUGCAUCAAGAACCCCGCUCAAUGGCGACAAUGGUGCAGCAACUGCAGAUGUGGUUCAGUCUCAUCGUAAUGCUUUCAAGAUCUACACCUACUUCCUUCAUUGUAUCGUGGAAGCAGGAGAACGGGAUGAAACUAAAAAAGACAACGAUUCGGGACAGGCGUCUGCCGCUGGUCGACGCAAGGGAAAAACAUCGAAAAACAGAGACACGUUGCAUGGAUGGAACUGGGACAGCAUGCGCGGGAAAGUGAUCAAGCCAAUCGCCAUGGCACUGGAAAAUGAUCUCCGCCCUUUGUUCAGGGGGAAUCCAGAUGAGGGCCUCGUUGCAGUACUGGCAAAGACUGCAUUCAGCUUGCUUGAGAAACCAACGGUGUGUAGCGAUUCAAGCUUAAAGGCUGACGUGUUUGGGAUCAUUUUGAAUUGUGCUUUAAGGUUUGGUUACCUUGUUCCGACCACCUCACAGCUGAUCCACCUGUUACAUAAACAUGACCACCUGUCGGGACACAUCAGUGAUCUGCUGGUACUUGCUGAUAAGAAAUUCAAUGACUCGCGUCUGCUGGGGGCUGUGCUUGGCGAGAUUGGGCGAAUAGAUUCAAAGUACUAUGUGCGUGACACAACAGGUGCCCAGAACGUGGCGACGUUUCUUGGGGAUGUAACAGAGAAGUUGCCAAAGGGUGUUGCGAGAAACCUCAGUGUCUUGAUGGUUCAUUUCGAUGGUGAAGCGCAUCAGAUGAGAAGCGCACUUGUUGGGGCAAUCGGGCGGAUCAUUGCGAGGGCAUACAGUGGAAGUGGCCCAGCUAUUGGGGAUCAAGGCGCGCUGCGAAGCAAACAGGGAUUGCUCGAUGUUCUCGUCGAGAGGUUGCGGGACACAUCAGCAUACACAAGGGGCAAGGUUUUGCAGACAUGGGCUUACCUCUGUGAGGAAAAUGCAGUUCCAUUGGGUCACCUGAACCAUGUGGCAGAGCUGGGUGCAGGACGACUCCGAGACAAAGCAGCUAUGGUAAGAAAAAGUGCCCUGCAGCUGCUUGGCACCCUGCUCCAGCAAAACCCCUUUGGCCCGACGCUGAGCACGACGACAUUUGAGGCCACUCUUGCGAUCUACAAAAAGAAACUUGCGGACAUGUUGGAAGCAGAGAAGCAGAGGGAGGAUGGGAACGGAACUGAGCGUGGUGGUACUGGUGAGGACCCGUUUUGUGAAAAGAACGACGUUCUGGAUGGGACAACUUCAGCUGAUAAACCGAAUACAUGCCAGAAUGGCGACGACCAACAGCCUGUGGAUAGUGUGAGUGGCGGUCCUGCUGAACGUGACAAUCAUGAUGCUUCAAAGGUAUCUGACGCUGGCACAAGUUGCCCUGACACGCAGUAUCCUGACAGUCAGGCAACGCAACCUGAGGAUUCAGUGGAAUCAAGGAGUACUACACUUACAGAGUCAGACAUUGGUGGGGUGGACCAGACUCGCGCACUUGUGGCUUCGCUGGAGUCUGCCUUGGCGUUCUCGUCAUGUUUUGCGAAUAUCAUGCCUGUCUUGGGAGAACUGCUGACAUCAUCGGCAACAACAGAUGUUAUAAAGACCAUACAUCUGCUGGUUAUUGCGCAUGCCUUCAGCAUCGAUGACUCAAAUCUGUGUCUUCGGAAAAUGCUUCCUCUCAUAUUCUGCCAAGAGUCAUCUGUGCGAGAUGCAGUUCUGGAGGCGUUUGUGUCACUGUACUUGAGCAAGCACCCCGUGGAAAGUGCACGGAAUUUAAUCGAGUUGGUUCUGGGAGCGACGGUGGGCGACCUCGCGGCUUUGGAAUCGAUCAUCAUAUCCCUGAUGAAAAACGGUAUCGUCCACUAUGAUACGAUUCGGUCCCUUUGGGACGUGUUCAGUUUCAAGUUGGCAGGUGUGACUCCGGUUCAAAGCCGAGGAGCACUUAUUGUCCUUGCAAUGGCAGCCAAAGGCAAACCGGAGAUUGUAUGCAAUCGUCUACAAUGUCUCAUAGACAUAGGAUUUGGGCAUCGGGCAAGAGAAGAUGGUCUUUUGGCGAGAUAUGCUUGCCUCACAAUCCAACGAAUGUCAUUAAAGGACAAGGAAAAAUUGACGAGCAACCACAAGGUGUUUUCGGCACUGUCGGGGAUCAUUGUAGCAUCACCACUGCCUGAGAGCUCCUGGUACUCUGCUGCUGAGCAGGCAAUCAACACUAUCUACUGCCUCCAUCCGAUGCCUGAGCGCAUUUGUGCACAGUUGCUUCACAGGCUGAUGGUCAGCACAUUCCGCAUCGGAUCUAAUGGAGAGCAGCAACAGGAGGGACAGUGGCUAUCCUCACCAGAGGAACGGCAGAUGGGAACAUGUGCUGAAGACCUGAAAUCUCCCUCUGAUGGAUCGGGGAAGGGAGUGGGAAGUAUAAAGAAUGCCAAAGCAAGAGUGAUACCUUUAAGUCGUUUCUUGUUUGUGGUUGGACAUGUGGCGCUGAAGCACCUUGUUUACGUAGAAAAUGCUGCUAAGGUAGUUCGGAGACAACGGGCAGAUAAGGAGAAAGCUCGUGCUCAGUCAGAAGCUGAUCAGCAGGAUGCUGAUCUGGAGGCUGGCGUGCCGGCAUCUGGUGGCAUUUCAAAUGGCAAAGAGAACGGAGCUGCUGAAGAUGAACUUGGCAUCGGUGUCGAAUCCCAAAUAGAGGACGCUGCGCUUGAUGCCCUUCAAGAAAAAACAGAGAAGCAGAUUGUGUCGUCUGCAAAUGGAAAGAGCUAUUUGAUUUCUGCUAUUGCGCCCAUUGUCUCAUGCUUGUGCCGGAACAACGGCAUUUUGCAGCAGUUCCCUGCUUUGCGACCCUCGGCUAUCUUGGCGCUCUGCAAGCUGAUGGCAGUCGAUGCGAAGUUCUGCGAAGACAAUUUGCAGCUUCUUUUUACAGUAGCACGAACGGCAGAGGAAGCUGGUGUGCGAUCAAAUUGUGUGAUUGCCUUGGGUGACUUGGCAUUCCGGUUUCCAAAUCUUGUGGAGCCCUGGACAGAGCAUAUGUAUGCCUGCCUGUAUGAUGAGUGCCCAAGUGUUCGGAAGAAUGCAGUCCUUGUCUUAACGCACCUAAUCCUCAAUGAUAUGAUGAAGCUCUUCUUCACUGAGCUUUCAAAGAAAGGUCACAAUCCUAUCUACAACCUUUUGCCAGACAUGUUAAGCAGGCUCUCAAGUAAUCCGAAAGUGUCUCAAGAGACUUUCCGGCACAUUAUGCUGUUCUUGAUGGGUUUUAUCAAGAAGGAGAAGCAGUUGGAUGGAUUGAUUGAGAAGCUUUGCCAUCGCUUCCCGGCUGCACGAGAUUUAAGGCAGUGGAGAGAUAUUGCAUAUUGCCUUUCUUUGCUCAGCUUCUCAGAGAAGGGUGUAAAGAAAUUGAUUGACAUGUUCAAGCUGUACAAAGAUUGUCUUGGUGAUGAAGAGGUCGUCGAGCACUUCAAGUCGAUUGUUGGAAAGGUGAAGAAGUUUGCAAAGCCCGAACUGAAGACUGUGCUUGAAGGUUUUGAUGAAAAGCUGAUCGACUGCCAUAAAACGAAGCGGGAGGAAGCGGAAGCAGUACGGAACGCUGGUCGGCACGAGCAGCUGAAAGUGGGCAGAAAUCAUACUCAGGCAAAAGAGAAGUCGGAUAUCGGACCUGCAAGUGGGGUAACUUUGGCCCGUGAGAGCUCUGACAUGGUUGGUGAACGUCCUCAAGCCUCUGAUGACAGAACUAGUGGUGAGGAAGCUGGAGGUCGUGAUCCCUGUGAAGGGCAAAGUGAACUGAGCGGUUGUGAAAGCAUUGCUCAACCUGCGAAUGAGGGGAUGACAGACAAUGAGAGCUCUGCUGUUCACAAUGGCUGUCAUAAACCAGCAGAUGGUGUGGAUGCGGAUGUUGUGGACCAGCCUGAGAACUCAAUGGCACACCAUGAAGAUAGACGAUCUAGCUGCAGUGGUAGUGUUUUCAUGAGCCGAGGUCCUGAUGGUAGUGAUACAGAUGAGGAUGACAACGAUUAUGGUGGUGGUGGUGGUCCCCAUAGAGCUGACAGUAGUUGUUCAGGUACUGUCCGCAAGAGUAGAGGGGGCAGUCGUGGAGGUCUGAGACAAUGGCCUGGGAGGGCUGGAGGUGGCGUCUGCGGUCGUAAGGAGGAUGUUCAGGCAACUGACACAUGCUCUGAAGGGAUUUUUCAACAACGUUCGACUAGUUUGAAGGAAGGGAAGGCAACUGAUGUGUCAGUUGGUGAGCUCACUGUGAAUGCAGCAGGAUCUGCAGAAUUAUGGUUAGGGCCGGAGGGCGAAGGUUUGACUAGGAAUAAGAAGAAAGCCGAGGAUGAAGAACUUGAGCCAAAUGGUGACCGGGUCGCAAAGGUGAAGGCGUGCACCACAAAUGAAAAUCCUCUGCUCCAUCAUAAAGAUAGCCUGCAAGCUAGGAGAUUCAUGUCUGCAAAGGAGCAGGAGACAGGCAAGACCAUGACGCAUGGAAGGAAACAGAGUGGGGACGCACAGACACAAGCUCAUUGCAACACUCAAGAGGGAAGCAGUUUCGUUAUUGCCUCGCCUCGAUGUGGAGAUGAACAUCAUGUUAGAAGGAACAAGGAGAUGGCUGCAGAAGCACAGCUACAGAUGGAUGCUUCAGGUGAAGGCAUGUCUUGUUCAAAAGAAGAGCCAGUGAGACAUGGUUCAUCGCAAUGCUCACACUCGACGGUGGAUGACGUGCUUGAUAAGUUGUAUGGAAGAUGCGAGGUCAGCGCUGAAAGUCGUGACGAGAGUGCAAAAAGUGUAUGCAAUCUCCGUGAGAAGACUGUCCUCGCAGGCAGGGGCUGGGACAGCAAUGCCUAUACAAUUGCGGUCGGCAUGCCUGUUUUCCCAUGUGAGGCAGCAACUGCAGCUGCGAGCAUUGGAUGCAGUCCUCCCACAGUCGACACCUGAGCCAGUCCUGUCCGAUCUGCAGGGGUGGCCACUUACCGUCGGCAACCCCGGCUCCUCAAGUCAUUUUUCUCUGCGACCCAAACACUGA